UACCCUUCUCUCAUUGUCAUAGUAACAAAAAAAAUUAUUUUUCUACUCGUUGCCUCCAUCAAAAUGGCUCGGUUGGCACGGGCAACAUUUGUCAUAUUUCUCAUUUGUUUUAUGUGUCUUGAAUCUUAUGCCCAUGUGAGAGAUCUGACUUCACCACCCGAAGUACUGAUGGAUACAAUUUAUGGAAGCUAUAAAAGUGGACCUAGUCAUCGAGGAAGAGGUCACCAUCGAGGAAUAGGUCACCAUGGCCAUGUACCACCACCACCAAAAGUACCGAUGGAUACAAUAUAUAGAAGCUAUAAAAGUGGACCUGAUGAUCGAGGAAGAGGUCACAAUGUACCGCCACCACCAAAAGUAUUGAUGGAUACAAUCUAUGGAAGUUACAAAAGUAGACCUGAUGAUCGAGGAAGAGGUCAUGAUGUACCAUCACCACCAAAAAUACCGAUGGAUACAAUUUAUGGAAGCUAUAAAAGUGGACCUAGCGAGCGAGGAAGAGGUCACAAUGUACCGCCACCAGGCCCACCAGGUCCACCACCAAAAAUAUUGAUGGAUACAAUCUAUGGAAGUUACAAAAGUGGACCUGAUGAUCGAGGAAGAGGUCAUGAUGUACCACCACCACCAAAACUAUAAUAUAGUAGGGUUAAACCAAACUAUAAGCCUCUUUCAGUAUCAUUAACUAAAACUAAUUAAAUUUCCUUAUAAAAAUAAGAAUAUAAUUAAAUAUAGUCAGAAAAAUAAAU